AUGCCCGGCUCUGUAGAUCCCACCACCCCGACAGAACCCUCGUCGCCGAGGCACUCCCCGCGCAUCGAGCUCCCAGAAGAAGACGCCAGCGCCUCCCCGCGGACAGACGGUCAGACCAGCCCAGGCCUCAGGAACAGCAAAGGAUGGGACGGCAAGCUCAGGGUUCAGCGUACCGCCGUCCUCGCCAACCCAGAGGUCCUCUCCGAUCCGGAAUCCGAUGACGAGAACGUCCUUCCGGGCGAAGAACUACCCGCUGACGAAGGCAAGUCUUCCUUACCUGGCGCGCUCUUCCUGCGCUGGGCUACAAGCGCGAGGCGAGGCGAGGCGUAUCUACUCGACGGCGAAGACCCAGAAACAGACGAACUCAUCGUCUCUCACGCCCGCGUCUCCUCCAUACCCGCCCUCCGCCUCGAACGCUUCCAAAAGGUGGUCCGCCUCUGCCUCCGCCAGAACUCGAUCCAGUCCAUCGACGGCCUCGCCGCCCUCGCGCCCACCCUCGAGGACCUCGACUUUUACGACAACCUCAUCUCCCACAUCCGCGGCCUCGACGACCUCGUCAACCUCACCUCCCUCGACCUGAGCUUCAACAAGAUCAAGCACAUCAAGCGCGUCAACCACCUGACCAAGCUCAAGGAGCUAUUCCUCGUCGCCAACAAGAUCUCCACAAUCGAAAACCUCGAAGGGCUCGAUGACCUCACCUCGCUCGAGCUCGGCUCUAACCGCAUCCGCGUCCUUCAGAACCUCGACUCCCUGAAGAAACUCGAGGAGCUCUGGGUCGCCAAGAACAAAAUCACCGAGCUCACGGGGCUAGGCGGACUCUCUAACCUGCGCCUCCUCAGCAUCCAAUCCAACCGCAUUCGCGACCUGGCGCCCUUGGCUGAGGUGCCCGGCCUUGAGGAACUCUACAUCUCUCACAACGCCCUCACAUCCCUCGCCGGUAUCGAAAAGAGCGAGAAGCUGCGCGUACUCGACAUCUCCAACAACGCCGUUGCGAGCAUUAAGGGCCUCGCACCACUCAAGAACCUCGAGGAGCUCUGGGCCAGCUAUAAUCAGAUUGGCGACUUCAACGAGGUCGAGAAGGAGCUCAAGGACAAGGAACACCUCACGACGGUCUACUUUGAGGGCAACCCGCUACAGCUUAGAGGACCCGCGGUGUAUCGCAACAAAGUCCGUCUGGCGUUGCCCCAACUAUCCCAGAUCGACGCAACCUUUGUCAAAACAUCAUGA